AUGGCCAAUACUACUGUCAAGGGGGCAAUCCACAUUCAUGGGCAGAAUCCACAGUUUCUUGUUGAGAAAGUCAUUCGCACGCGAAUUUGGGAGUCUGCUUACUGGAAGGAGCAAUGCUUUGCGUUAACUGCCGAGUCGUUGAUUGACAAGGCAAUAGAGCUGAAUAGUAUAGGGGGUGUUUACGGAAAUCAACGACCAACCGAUUUUAUCUCUCUGCUUUUGAAACUUCUUCAGAUUCAACCAGAAAAAGAGAUAUUGAUAGAAUAUUUGAUGGUAGAUGAGUUCAAGUACUUACGAGCACUAGCUGCAAUGUAUAUUCGUAUGACCUUUCCACCCGUUGAGGUGUACGAACUACUCGAACCUCUGUUAAAAGACUACAGGAAGCUUAGGCUAAGAAAUAUGGCGGGAUACAGUCUGACUUUUAUGGAUGAAUUUGUAGACCAGCUUUUAACAGAAGAGCGCGUAUGUGAUAUCAUACUUCCCCGUCUAGCUAAACGAGAAGUACUCGAAGAAACGGAAGGACUCGCACCCAGGACAAGUGUCUUGCUGGAUGCCAUGGCAGGAAAGUCCGUGAGCGAUGACGAAGACGGCGCCAAAAAGACACGGAAACGAUCAGAAAGUAUUCAUUCGGAUCGCUCAGUUUCUAGGGGUCGAUCAUUAUCUCGUUCUUCCCGCUCUGCAAAGUCCUCUUCCAAUUUCGUUGAUAUGCAAGAGCGGUUUGUAUCCAAAAGUCCUUCUCGCUCUCGUUCUCGUUCUCGUUCUCGAUACCUUUACUCCCGUUCUGGACGCUACUUGUCAAACGCAACCAGGGGACGGUUGCUAUCCUCUAGCGCUCCUUUGCGCUCAGAAUCAAUAGAGCCACCUCCAGCAGGCGGUCAUUCGACAAGUGUGGCCCAGUCUCUUCUCCUACGGACCACACGAGAAGCCGCGCUCAAAACCUCUGGUGUAACUUGGAAGGAUGAAGCAAACGAAAAUGGACGGGAAACCCGCAAAAUGAAUAUGUAUCAGUCACUUCGAGAUGCCAUGAGUGUCGCAAUGACUAAAGACGAUACUGCGGUGGUAUUUGGGGAGGAUGUGGCCUUUGGAGGUGUAUUCAGAUGCACAAUGGGAUUGGCCGAAGAAUUUGGUCGGCAACGAGUGUUUAACACUCCACUUACGGAGCAAGGGAUUGCCGGGUUUGCUAUUGGAAUGGCAUCUAUGGGCCAUACUGCAAUUGCAGAAAUACAGUUUGCGGAUUACAUCUAUCCUGCGUUUGAUCAGCUUGUAAAUGAAGCCGCAAAAUUCCGCUACCGCUCUGGGGGGCGCUACGAUGUGGGGAAACUCACAGUCAGAACCCCCAGCAUGUCUGUUGGGCAUGGUGGCCUGUACCACUCACAGUCUCCAGAAGGCACAGGUGGUGAUCCCAAGAAGUCCUAUCAGGCCAAAGGAUUGUUGCUCUCCGCGAUUCGAGAUCCCAACCCGGUAAUAUUCUUGGAGCCAAAGAUUUUGUACCGUUCAUCAGUUGAACAAGUUCCCAUCGACGAUUUUGAACUCCCAAUUGGCAAAGCAGAGGUCUUAACUAAGGGUAACGAUGUCACUCUAUUAACCUACGGCUCCCCAGUUUAUACUUGCGAGAACGCUAUAAGCCUCAUUCGAAACCCGCCGCCAUCCAUUGCACAUCUCAUCCCAGAAUCCAGUGUGAAGAAGACUGGGCGGCUUGUAAUUGUCCAUGAGGCUGGGAAGACCAUGGGCCCUGGGGCCGAGAUAGCAGCCGAGAUUACCAACAGAUGUUUCUUGAAUCUCCAUGCGCCUGUGAAGAGGAUAGCUGGCUGGGAGUGA